CUUAAAUUCUCAGAGCUGAGCAAUUUAUUCUAUUAAUUUCAUUACUUAGAAUGUACUGUAUUUUUCUGCAAAAGACUGUUCCCAUGCAUUUUGACAGAGGGUCUCCUUCUAUAAAUUGUGAAUGUUGCCUCUAAUUCUUCACUCUGCAAAAGCAAUCAAGACUCUUCAGACAAGAUGAUCUCCUACAUGACUCUACUACUGGCUAUCCUGAUGCUGGCUCUCUGUCUCCAAACAGCAAACUCGCAACCUCAUUCUUUGACACUUUCGAGUUGUUGCAACAACUUGAUGAAAGUGAGGCCGAAAAAGGCCAAAAUUGAAAGAUUUUAUCAUCCACGUGGCUGCACCAGAAAUGAUGUUGUGUUUGUGACAAAACGUGGUUUGCAGUUCUGUGCUGACCCCAAAGAAGAUUGGGUGAAAAAUAUAAUUAAAAACCUGUCAAAGUAAAAUCCAGCAGGCCCACAGGAAACAAAAGUAUGAAUCUUCUGUGCAGAUCAGUU